AUGAGUGGAUUGCGCGGCCUCAUUCCGGCAACAGUUGCCAUUGGACUUGGAAUUUUCACAGGAUACUACACGUUUCACCCUGCGAUCCAAGAGCUCAAUGCCGAACGACGAACAAUAAACCAAUCAGCUACCACUGUGGCCAACAAUAAUCUGACCAAAGAGACACCUAUACCCACUGCGUCGCAGGGCAACGCCCCGAUCGAGAAGAGUGAGAAUUCUAGCGAAAGCAGCUGA